CGUAUAUUACUCUUUGUACUACCAGAAGAUUUCGAAUCAUUCAUGUGUGUUUAAGGAAGUACAUCCAUACUUUGCAAUUUAUUAUUUGUAAUAAAAUAAAAAAUUGUUCAUUUUAUUUAUAUAAAUUAUAUAUAAACAAAACAAGUAAAGAUGGCAGAAUUCGUAGAAAAACGAUGCGAGGAUAUGAUUCCUGAAUUGGAACAAAUGGAAAGGAUAAAACUUUUUGACAAAAACGAAAUUCGAGGUAUAGCAAAAAAACUCAAAGAAUUUGAAUAUAAAAUUCAGCGACCUGUAAAAUGUAAAGAGGAUUACUUGCGAUACAUUCAAUAUGAAAUGGAUCUCCUAAAACUAAUUAAACAGCGUAGAGAUAAAUUUGGCAUUACUCAUAAAAAAUCUAAUAUCGAUUAUGCCAUUCGAAAUAAAGUUAAUCUUUUAUACAAAGAAGCUAUAUCGAAGUUCCAAGAAGAUAUUAGAUUUUGGAUCGCAUACAUUAAAUUUUGUAAACACAUGCGUUUUCAAAAUAGCGGUAAUAGAACAAUAGUUAAAAUGUUACAAGUGCAUCAAGAUAAACCUAAAUGUUGGCACAUAGCGGCACGCUGGGAAAUUGAAGAGAAUAAUAAUAGAGAUACUGCUCGUAAAUUACUUCUUCGUGGUUUAUAUAUUCAUCGAAAUUCACAGAUAUUAUUAAUCGAUACUUUCAGAUUAGAAUUAGAUGAAACAUUAAAAAAUACUAAAAAUAAUGAAAGCAAAAUGCAAAGUGCCCCGUCUGAAAAAGAUGAUGAAGAUGAUAUGCCUUUACUAUUGAAAACAGCUUAUGUUAUAUACAAAGAAGCGAGCAAACACGUUGAAGAUAUCAAAUUUAUUGUAGAAUUACUUAAUAUAGCAAAAGAAUAUAAGGCAGAAAAAUUGGAAAAGAAAAUUGUUAGUGACAUGAUUCAACAAUAUGCGCAUGAACCUUUAAUGUGGGAUACAAUGGCUCGUCGCGAAUUGGAAGGACUUGUACAACCAUUUGUACCUGAUGAAUCAAUGAUGGAAAUUGACUCCUCAGAGCACUCUUCUUUAAGAGAUCGUAUAAUUUCUUGUAACAAAGUUUAUCAAACAGCAGUAAAAAAAAUUAAAACUGAGGAAAUGUGGUCUUUCUAUAUAGAAUGUUUAUUAGAAAUAAAUCAAGAUGCGGAAAGCUUGCCAAAUUUAAAGAAAAAAUUAUUAAAAAAUACUUUGGCACAGGCGCAUCAAGCGAAGAAAUUAAAAGAAAAAUAUUAUUUACAUUGGAUUGAUAUUUUGAGUAAUGAUAUAAAAGAUGACAAUGCGCAAAAAAAAUUAGAGGAAAUUCUUUCCUCUGCUACUGAAAAUAUUCCAGAUAGCGUUUCUCUUUGGCAUAUUAGAUUAAAACAUUUAUUAAUUACAAAACAGGAAGAGGAAGCUAAUUCUGUAUUUGCAAAAGCAAUACAAAUUCUUGGCGAAAAAUCAUUAUCUUUGUGGAGAAUGAAGCUUUUACAUACGCAAGCUACAAAUCCCAGUAAAAUUGAAGAAAUUUUUCAAGCCGCAGUACAAGAACAUCUUGAAAUUUCUAAAGAUAUGAAGCCUAGUUACAUCGAAUGGGUGGUUUUAACCAAAAGUAUUCAAGCUGCUCGGAAAAUAUACGAUAGUCUUUGCUUACAACCACCGAUAUGUCUUGAAUUACAUCAAAAAAUGGCUGAUUUAGAACUUAUGCAACCAGAAAUUGUUUUAAAAUAUGCAAGACGUCCUUAUGAAAUGGCCACUUUACAAUUUGGUAAAACUAAUCCUAAGGUUUGGAUAGAUUACAUCAUAUUUGAAAUGAAACAUGGAGAAGCAAAAAAAGUUGGAGAGAUACACAUGCGAGCAGUUAAAACCUUAGAUGCAGCUUUGACCGAUACAUUUAUUACUGAAUACGCUUUAAUCAAAGCUAAUCCUGAUUCAAUAAAUUUAGCAUCGUGAAACAUAAGAUAUAUAAAAAUUAUAUAAUUUUGUAUGUAUUAUAUAUUUAUUAAUUCAUAAAUAAUCAACAUACACACGUAAGAUAGAAAUUUAUGAUUCCAAUGGUAUUUCUUUCUCCAUACGAGUUAACACAAUAUUACGAUCUGUUUCAUUGGGUAAUUUUGUUCUAUCGCCAGUUUUCAAUGUCGAUCUCAUGUCUAAACACAUGAUAUCUGUUGAGAGCGAAUGCUGUUUAUCUUCUAAGUUUCUAUUAAUUCGUAGGAGCAAAGAUUCUAAACCAUUGUAUGUUGCUCUAUGAAAAGAAAAGGAAAAUUUUAUAGAAUCAAAAAUCUCUCGAGAUAUAUUCGUUAAUAAUAAAGUAUUUAGAUAAAUAUACAUACUUUGCGUUUUCGAUUGCUUUAGCUAAUUCAUUUUCAGUUUUUUUUAAUUGUAAAACUUCAUUUCUUAAACCCGUUUGUGUUUCAUCUUCGCACAAUUCAAAACCAGGACGGUAGCUACGAUUUUCUAAUCUUGUUUCGGCACAUUUGAUUGCAUCUGUUUUAUGUAAAAAUUCGUCUUCUAAUCUUAUUAUUUCUUUCUGUAAAUUUUCCAUUUCUUUAUGCAUCUGUAAUGUUGAUGUUGAUGUUAAAUUUAUAUUAAUUUAUAAAUACAAAGAAAGU